AUGUGCCCUUUUCGCUGGAAAAAUGGGAUUGGUAGCUUUACCUUUGCAACCAAUCCAAGUGGAACAACCCUUCAUGAGGUGGGGUAUGGACUUUAUGGGGUGAUAAACCCUUCAUCCAAUGCUGGCCAUAAGUGGAUACUUACAACCACUGACUAUCUCACCAAGUGGACUGAAGCAAUGGCACUCAAAGAGGCAAAUGAGACUGUUGUUCUAAAUUUUUAUGAGGAUUUGAUUGCCCGAUUUGGAGUUCCUGAGUCCAUCAUUUCAGACAAUGGCCUCGCUUUUGUUGGCUUUAAAAUCUCUGAUUGGGCUGUCAAGAAAGGGAUCUAUCUAAAUACGUCUUCCAACUAUUAUCCGCAAGGCAAUGGCCAGGCAGAAUCAACUAACAAAAAUUUGAUUAGGAUCAUUAAGAAGACAAUGGAGGGUAACCAAUGA